UUGUUCAAAAUCCCGAAGAAUAUACUUUUUGGUGUUGCAGAAGAUACGGUAUCGACGUUAAGUGGCGCGACAGUGGUCAGACGAGGGACGCAACAAGCCGGCGACGGACCGUCGAAAGUAUUCGACCCACUCGAGAAUUUAUCCUUAGAAAGCGAUACUGCACAGCAAACAAGUGGAGAUCCGCAGGAGGCCACAUACCUGGAUGUUGCGGUGAUCCGUUGCCUGCUGAUCAAGCACUGGGCCGAGGAUGGUGUUUUUUGGGCACUGAAACGCUGCAGCUCAGCAACGCACUCGGAAUCGUCAUCGUUGCGCGUAUUGGAGUCAGCUCGACGUAGUAGCGUCAGCACAACAAUAAGCUUAUCCAGAGCACGGGACAGACGUGGACGCUUGGAUCGUAAUAGGAGUGAUCCAUCACUAACAAAUUCCUCUGAAGUUCUUUCAACUCGCGAUACACGCAGUGGUUCGGUAACCGGACUACCUGGGCAGGCUGUCAGCGAAUUAACGAAACAGUUUUUUCCCGAGGUUUAA